AUGGCUGGCGAUUUUUUUACAAGGGACUGGUUCUUAUCCGUACUUCAGAAGAAGUUAACAACUUGGAUGCUACAAAAAACCCAACCAUUGACUAUGUCCCUCGGACUUGUGGACGUGAUUUUAUAUCACGAAACUUACGAGCGAUUGAAAGAAAAGUAUGCGCAUGGAAUCAUCCAGGUUUGUCAUUUAACGAUAUACUUCCAGUGUCUGUGGAAGGGUUGUUCCGAUGUGUAUUUCAUGGAUGUGGGCUGCGGAAAUGGCCUNCUACUCAUAACAGAAGGAUUCCGUGGUGUUGGUGUCGAUAUUCGUCGUCGGCGUAUAUGGGAGACCUAUCCUGAAUCAGUUCGUAAGAAUUUACUGGAAAUGCCAUUGGAUCCAGACCAGUCACCUGGUUUUCCCGACGUAACUUGGUUUAUCGGAAAUCACAGUGAUGAGCUUACACCAUGGCUUCCAAUCCUAGCUGCACGAUCCAAUCCUAAGUGUUGCGUGUUUGCUUUGCCUUGUUGUCCCUUCGGACUUUUUGGCAAAUAUAAUAACCUCAUGCACCAUACAGGCAUUGAGGAUGAUUCAUCCGGUCCCUUGUCGAGCUCAAAUGCAAUAAAACCGGUUCACAAUCGCUACGGAGUUUAUAUACAGUAUUUGCGCGGCCUGUUCACCGCGUGUGGAUUCAUCCCCGAAACGGACGUGUUACGAAUCCCAUCCACAAAACGAAUCUGUAUCAUUGGUCGGAAAUUGCUCACUUCCCAAAACGAUCAAAUUAAACGACUUGCUGCAGUUCAGGAGACGAUUGAACGAGAACGACAAGCAGCCACAGGGAAAAACGGGUUCGUGCCUCGUGAACUCAAAGAACCUGUCCGAAACUGUACUCAACUUCCGAUGGAUGUGAAGCAAACUGUGUCUGAGCUAGUUUUCAGCACUCUGCUUAGCAAAGCCCCAGAUCGUCUGUGGCUUAAAAGCCACAAUUUGGUUAUCUCUGAUUCGCUGUCCGUUCAGACCGUGGAUGGACGCUGGUGGAACCCUGGAGUGGUCACCAAAUCCCCGGCCAUUCGGUUUAUCGAUGGGCUCUAUCGCACUAACGUGCAAACGGGUGAACGAUUAUCGCGAUCGACUGGUCAUCUAACUUUGCGCGAGGUCAGUGAGUUGCUGAAUACGGAUCAUUUGAAGCUAAUGAAAUCCCAACAUGGCGGACUGCAGACGUUUCUUCGAAAUCAUCAUCAUAUGUUUGAAAUUCGAAACGGUUCGGUACGCUUGCGUUGGAAUCCAGAACAAAUGGCACAAAUACCGUCCCAGAACUCAGUUUCGCUGUUGUCCGUACCGGCCAAGAAACGCCCAAUGCAACGCAAAGAUAGAUCAUGUUGGAUGUUUGAACAUCAUCCUGACGGUUGUCCUUAUCCGUCCGAGAAAUGUGACUUUUCGCAUGAGACAGCAAACCUGUCCGAACCUUCUUCUCCUAUCGGAGAACCAAUGAGCAAAGUCAGGACUAGUACUGAGCUGUGA